CCACAUGGAGGGAAAAUACAGUCAGGGAGGGGCGGUACCGGAAAGCGGAAAAGCAAAAGUGAACUCUGGCCAGCAGCAAAUAAGGUUUGUAAUUGCAUAUACAUGCUACAAGAUGGCGUCAACGCACUUAAAAUUGAUAGGACCAUAAAGCAUCAACACCAUGCAUCUAACACGUACCCAAUCACAAACCCAUGUUGCAUAAAUGACUGUAUUCAGGGGUGGAAUUGUUCAACAUGAACAAACCACCUUCACAUGAGGCACAUCAAUAAUAUUAGCGAGCAUACUAGUCCAAAUAAAUUUCUAAUAAGGGUCUUUGCUGGUGAUUGAAAACUUGCAAAGAUGUCUAUGCCUUUCUGUGACUCUGCCAGUCUUUCCAUUUCAACCUCUUCUUUGGCACUGACCACAGUUUGUUUUUUAGGGCUGAAAGAAGAACCUGCUGGAGGGAAGUACAUUUCUGGAGGACUGAUAACCUUAAUAUAUUUGGGAUGGGUUCUCAGCUCUGAAUAUUUGCAGUUUGGCAUUUGCAAAUUUGUCACUGAAAGUGAAGAGUGGAUUCAAAAUAAAACUUAACAGGGAGAAAAAUCAUGGAUAUGGCAGCAGAACUUCCGUUUAUGCAGUUUUUUAUGGGGGGAAUAAUAUUUCUGUUAAAAAAUUAAUCCUUCUAUGUACAUCAGUAUCCUUUUAGGAAUGAUCCUCUUUAGAAUCCUUGAAAUAUUCCAUGACAAUCAGCUUAUAGUUGUUUGCUUUUUAGGACCAGAUGGUUGCUUCUCCCUCUCUCUCAUGUUUGAAAAUUGGCAUUGUUCUCUUUUUCAGUCAUCGACUGCAGGAUAUUCAACCCCAGCUCACCCCCGCCGCCCCCUCUCUUUCCUCCCAGCACUUUGGCGGCUACGCACACACCCGACCGCGGCGGCUCAAACAAGGAUGCACUGAUCUGCACUGCACAUUGACAGCGUCAUCCGAGAUGUGACGGGAUGAGACUCGGGAUCAUCGGAGAGCGCGGAGAGGUGUGUUUUGCACUGUGAGCACCGCACGCUGGAAUUACAUGAGGAAACAUUUUUUUUUUCCCCUCAUGGCGAUCGCAGUCUAUAACGUCUCUGCAACCACCGCCAGGGUGAGCUGGCCCCCGUCGGCCGGCUGCUUGGACACCUUCUACAGCGUCAUGUACAGCCCCAACUGGAACAGCCUGCUCAUGGCCUUCAAGCGUAAGAGCUUCAUGCACGAGGAGCGCAUCCCCGUCAGCCAGACCGCCGCCCACCUGGCCAACCUGCUCCCGCAGACCACCUACUUACUGUGCGUCACGUGCCAGGCUGCCAACCCGGUGCGUGACCAGUGUCAGGUGUUCGGCACCCUGAGCGACAGCGGUGAGGGGCAGGAUCGCGGCGGCUGGGAGCUGGCCACGGGCGCCUGGCUGACCUGCUGCCUUUUGCUGCUGGUCAUUGCCGGCGUCCUGCUGUGGGGGUGCAUGCACGGCGUCUGCGCGGGUCGAGCGGGCGGCGGCAGACAAGGAUGUUCGGUGGUGACCAAUGCGGUCCGGUCGGGUCGCCCGUCAUCCGGGCGACUAUACACGCCGCGGGGAAGCUGCGACAACGGCAGCCAACGCGGCCACCACGAGCUCAGGACGCUGGCUCGGCUUUCUGGGAGCGAGCCAGCUUGAGGCAAUUAGAUUGAGGUCAUCGCCAUAUUGUCCAGCCCAGAGAGAAUUAUGGUGUACUGUAUUAUGGAUUAUUAUCGAAUCCUAAGCGUCGGGAAAUAAAACAUACCCACUUCAAAUUGACUGCUUAUUUUUAUUUAUUUAUUUUUAAUCGGCAUAGAUAAAUCCGUUAAUCCUAGUUAAGUGAGGUGAAGUGGGGUUGAAGUGGAUGGGAGGGCAGGUUUGAUGCCCUAACAAUUAUUAUUUUGUGGAAAUGCCAAAAGGUGAGUUCACUGACUUUUUUGUUCAAAGGUGAGUCGAUUCAAAAAUGUUCUUGACAAAAAUAUGUUGUGUGUGCCCCCACUCGUCUGGGUAUGGCAUUCCGAUUAAUAUUGAAUUUGUGGAAUAUGAGUUAAGCAGCAAAAUCCACCGGUUUUGAUCCAUCUCAGGGGGCGGCCACUUUGCCACUUUCUGUCGAUCAUAAACGACGUCACGGUUGCUCAGGGCUGAAGCUGAGCCAUGACCGGUUGUUACUCCAAUGCGGUGGGAAUCCUUUGUCUACGACGUAUAGCUGCUCUGAUGCCGGCAAAUU